AUGAGGAGUCUGCUGGCAUUGCUGAUGGUGACGCUGGCCCUGGCAGGGCUCUGCUGCUGUGAGCAAGGUCCUCAAGACCCUUCAGGACCUCCCAGUGCUACCAGCAUCAAGAUUAAAAAAGAAGUUGCCAAUGCCUUUGUGAAGAGGCAGAAGAGAUCCAGCGUGUAUGAAUGGUACUCUGAGUACUACAAAAGUCCAAUGGAGCGGGUGCGUGAGCAUUGUGAAAACUACCCUCUCUGUGACUAUCCCUCUGACCAAACAGGAUUUUCCAUGGCCUACAACCGUUUCUUGAGGAGAUACUAA